AAAACUCGUGAGCCCGGUUUCGCUGGUCGAAGCCAUGUCCAAGAUGUGGCUGGGAGCGCUGGUGGUGGGAGGCGUCAUCUACGUCACCUUGAAGGAGCGGAUCCUCCGGAGGUUCGAGAUGAAAGGGGGGCGUGCGGUGCCGCUGUGGUUGGCGAGGCUGGUGCUGGACGGGUUAACUUGCUACUCGAGCUUCAUGGGGGUUCGCGAAGUCUCCGUGGGCGGCGAGCUGAAUUGUGAUCGCUCGAAGAAAUACAUGAUCGUGUGGCAUCCGCAUGGCUUCAUCACCUGGGUCCCGUUUUUCCUGGCCGGGAAGUACGCCUUGGACGCGCAGCCGGCCGGGGAGCGCUGGUUCCCAGUGGUGGCCCCGGUGCUCUUCCGGAUCCCCAUCUUCGGGGAGGUGCUGGCGAUCCUGGGGGGCCGGCGAGUGGAGCGGAAGGUGGUCGAGAAGCUCCUGGCCCGCGGAGACUCCAUUGCCAUUCAGCCUGGGGGUGUGAAGGAGCAGGCCAAGACCAGCGAGGUGCAAGAGCAGGCCUUCUUCCCCGCGAGAUUGGGCUUCAUCCGUCUGGCAAUCAGGUACGGGGUGGAUUUAUUGCCCGUCUACUUCUUCGGGGAGAACCAGCUCUACAAGAGAGUUGAUGGUUUGGAGUGGCUCUCCAAUUUGAUCAACAAGACCACAGGAAUGACCCUUCCGAUCGUCACCGCACGCUUCGGCAUUCCCAUGGCCGGGCCCAUUCCCAUUCCGACCGACAUACACACUCGCUGGGGCCGUGCGGUUCCCGUUGGACCGAGAGAGGAGGAACCCAGCGAUGAGCACGUGGAGGAGGUCUUUUGCAGGUAUGUGACGGAACUCCGAAGACUCUUCCGAGAGCACGCCAAGGACUGCCUUCCGCCGGAGAUUGCGAAUCGUGGGCUCAAGAUCGUCCGAUUGGAUGGGAGGCCCCUCCCACCAGAGGUCAAUGGGCCAAAGUCCUGACUGGGUCAUGAUUUUCACAGUUUCUCUGGGUGUGUCCUUUUUUUUGGAGG